CUUCUCGUCUUCGGGAUAGACGAGGAGGCUCCUGAGAUCCCCGAGGCGGAACUCGAGAAGGAGGCCGUGCUGCGGGAGCGGCCUGCUGAGCCGUCGGGCCCGCCACCCAAGAAGCAGAAGCCAGCACCGGCACCUUCGCGCAAAACUCCCACCACACCCAUCGGGCGAGGUACUUCUUCGGGAGGUGGAGCAGACAUGGAAUCUUUCAUUCACAGCUUUGGCCUAAACGCAGAUGCCGCGCGGACGUUGCGUGAGCUGCCUCCGGAGAGCUUGAAUCAUGUGAUGGACACUUUUGCGCCUAAACCGGACACCAAG